GAGCUCUCUAGACGGUAACUAUUGUCUGUAUUCUGCACCUUUGGCCCGAGAUGUCUGAUCGCUUUUUUCCGAACAACUUGCCACCAUUCACGGCAGGGGCAGAGACAACACUUGAAGAUGAAGAAGAAGAAGCAACCUCUUCCCAAACACCAACACAACACUCUCUCACCUCACUCCUUUCUCUACCUUAUCAAACACUCACCUCCAAACUACAAGCUACAGCACUUCACUUCAAACAAUCGGUGGUGAGUGAGACAUGGGGUUCUGGUGUGAACCGUGUGAAGGACUAUACUCUUUACACGGGAGUUCUUGGAACGGCAUACUUGGUGUUUAAGUCCUACCAAGUAAGCAAGAAUGUGGAUGAUCUUAAUUUAUGCUUGAAGAUUGUAAAGGCUUGUGAUUCUGCUUCAGCAAAUUCAAGCCGUGUGACGUUCAUCUGUGGCCGUGCCGGUGUUUGUGCUCUUGGUGCUGUUAUAGCUAAGCAUGCUGGUGAUGAGAGAUUACUUGACUAUUACCUUAGACAAUUCAAAGAGAUUGAGCUACCCUGUGAUUUGCCCUAUGAGUUAUUGUAUGGCAGAACAGGUUACUUAUGGGCUUGUUCAUUCUUAAACAAGCAUGUCGGUAAAGACACAAUACCUACUACCUACAUGAGACCAAUUGUGGAUGAAGUUAUAACAACUGGUAGAAAAUUGGCUCACAAGGGAAGAUGUCCUUUGAUGUAUGAAUGGCAUGGGAAGAAAUACUGGGGUGCUGCUCAUGGACUUGCAGGAAUUAUGAACGUUUUGAUGGACAUGGAACUUAAGCCAGAUGAGGUGGAAGAUAUCAAGGGUACGCUACGCUACAUGAUUAAAAACCGUUUCUCGAGUGGCAAUUAUCCCUCUAGUGAAGGAAGUGAAUCUGACCGUCUUGUGCAUUGGUGUCACGGUGCUCCUGGAGUAACUCUUACGCUUGUAAAAGCAGCCGAGGUUUUUGGGGAUAGAGAAUUUUUGCAAGCAGCGGAAGAUGCAGGAGAAGUAGUGUGGAAGAGGGGUCUUCUUAAGCGAGUUGGAAUUUGCCAUGGCAUCAGUGGGAACACCUAUGUCUUUCUUUCUCUGUACAGAUUGACAGGAAACAAGGAGUACUUGUACAGGGCUAAAGGAUUUUCUUGCUUUCUACUUGAUAGAGCGCAAGAAUUGAUCGGCCAAGGAAAGAUGCAUGGAGGAGAUCGUCCUUAUUCCUUAUUCGAAGGUCUUGGAGGAAUGACAUAUACCUUUGUAGACAUGAUUGAUCCACAGGUGGCAAGGUUCCCUGGCUAUGAACUUUGAGUCGCUUGAUAGUUGAAGCAACAUAUGUAUAUUACAAAUGUAUACUCGCAUCCCCAAAACCACAAUCUAUCGGGUCGCCAAUGAGAUGUAAUAAAUUUUGUAAAUAUGAAGUAAAACCUGCAAAUUUUGAACUGUGGUUUUCAAGUGCAAUAUGAUAUGUUCAAAGAGUAAA